AGAUUUGGUCGGGUUGGCUUGCUUGCAUCCGCGGGCUCACUUUUCAUGGCCAGCACAAUCUCUCUCGCAUCAAUCUAUGGUUAUUAUAACAUUGAUCCAACUGCAUUGUCAAAGUGGGACUUAUCAAACCCAUUCGAGUACGUAAAAUUUGAGUUAUUGUCAAAGUUGUCUCCGUCUUAUUUUCAUAGUUAUUACGGCAAUCGAGGCCAAUGUGAUGUAAUAACUGGUGGAGCAUUUCUGUUCCGUACAGGGAGUUGAAGACAACGUUUUUACCAGUUAGAUUGUUACCCUCUUGAAUUCAGCUUAUUUAUGUACUUUUUCUCCAUAGAAUCUUCUAGGAGUUUCUAUGAUUGUAUUGCCAUAAAGAUACCCCCUGGAAAAGGCUAUAAACGCAGACCUUUCCCUGUAUUUUGGCCUUUUAAUUACGCCUCAUCCUGGAUGUUCCAUUGUCCUUAACCCCGAGGCCUUUGCGAAAAAUGAAUAUAAUCGGCCAUUCAGAGUGGCCCUGGGUUACCAACGCUCUGACAGCAAAAUUCAUAACUUCAGAAUGUGCCUGCAGCAAAAAUGCACACGUGUUUUAGGUUUUAAGAACUAUAUAAAUAUUGUUAAAAUGUGUGGAUUUUGAUGAGAUUUCAAAAUGCGCUUUCACAAAUUCAAGAGGUGUCUGCGAGCGGCGCUCGCGCAUUUUAAUGGUGUCUGCUGUGACCACAUACUUUUGGUGUUUCUGAAUGUCUAAAUCCCAACAACUCAGUGACAUUUUUUUGCGAUUUAGCAAGGCGAAAUCUGACUUUUCUAAAAUGGUGUAUGACAAGCCGUACUGCAGGAUACAGCCGUAUUUAAUCGGAAUGAUGUUGGGAUACUUCAUGCACAAAAGUUAUAGUGGUACAAGACGACCUGCGUGGGUAAGUGAUAAAAUCUCAAACAUAGCGGUCCAGUAUAGGCAGGAUUUUGCAAUGACCUGUCAGGGUUUGUGUUUGAACUAUACCUGAAAAAAAUAUCUCAAACAUGGUGGGCCAGUGUAGGUAGUAUUCUACAAUAAGCUGUCGUGGUUUGUGCCGAUGUAUGAUUUCAGUGGUCCAUUGGUUGAACCAGACUUUAUUUUAAGACAUCCAUAACAUUAAUGGCUCCAUGCACUAGACUAAUUUUAAUAAUCCUAAUGUCAAAAUUCAUCUCAGAGAUGAAAUUGUCGAUACCCACGAAUAGUUAGCCGUGAAAAAUCUUGAACAUAGGAUUGCAUUUUUCGGGACACCCAAAAUAGUAGAGCACUGAACUUUAUACAGACUUUGACAUUCUUUAGAUCGUUGCUGUGAUAGCAUGGUUGGUCGCCAUUGCCGUCGGUAUCACCUUGGUAUACGCUCCUCACGAGAGCAUUCAAAAAGAUGGCCGACACUGGACCAAGACAGAAAAAGUGUUUUAUGGAAUAUUUUCAAAACCUGCGUGGAGCGUGGCACUAGCAUGGGUCGUGUAUGCAUGUCACUACGGUUUUGGAGGUAUGUAA